AUGUCGACUGAAGAGAAGGAAAAACUGGAAAGGCUUCGUGCUAGAAGAAGAGGACAUCGCGGAGUGUGUACAAAGCUCGAGAAAGAGUCAGUUGAAAUGUUGUCACAGCCACCACAUGAUGAUCUUGUAAAACGUAGCGAAAUCAUCGCUCAACAACUCGAAGGGAAACUAAGAAUAUUAUGUGAACUCGACGAAGAAAUAUUGAACACGUGUGAUGUCAAUGAAAUGCAAGGUGAAAUCGAGGACUCGGCCGAAAUUUCUGAUAGAGUUAUGAGUAUAAAACGAAAAAUCGAAAGGUAUAUUAAAUGCGCUAAGAAUGACAGUCUCGUUGAUACGAAUGUCAACGAUACCAUAUCGAAUUCGAAUUUGACGAACAUGUCAAACCCUGGCCAAAACGAAAGUAUAGAGAAUUCUAACGAAAAUGUGGAAAAUGUGACGGAAAACUAUUGUUUCAUCGAAGGUUCAAGUAAUCAAGCGACGAGCGAAAUUGUAAACGAAGGAAAUGUAACGAGUGACAACACUACGACGACGGUUCAAUUUAAAUCAAAUAGGCCGAAGCUUCCUAAGCUGGAGCAUCCGAAAUAUGGUGGCAAGGUUUCAGAGUGGAGUUCGUUUUGGGAUCUGUAUGAUUCUGCGAUUCACAGUAAUCCAAACAUUUCGAAGGUAAACAAAUUCAACUAUCUGAAAUCGCUUCUCGAGGGAAACGCAGCGAGGGCCACAAAAGGUCUAACAUUAACUAAUGCCAAUUACGACUCAGCUGUAAAAAUCUUGAACGAUCGCUUCGGGAAAACCCAGCAAACCAUAGCAGCUCACAUGGAUGAAAUUUUAAAGAUUCAAGCUUGUGCCAACGGUAGAACUAGCCAAGUAAGAUACAUAUACGGUAAAGUAAGCGUUCAUGUACGAGGAUUAUCGAGUCUUGGCGUUUCUUCUGAACAAUAUGGUAGUAUGCUUAUCCCGAUUAUCGUGACUAAAUUACCUAGUGACAUUCGUCUACAAAUUGCCCAAAAAUCGUCGGGAGACGUUUGGAAAAUUGAUGAGUUGUUGGAUACAAUAAAAACUGAGAUCAAGGCAUGGGAGAUAAGUGAAUGA